AACUGUUUACUUUUUAACAAUAUGGCGGCAAUUAAAGAAUGAGAAAACGGCAGACUAACGCAUCGAUUAAAAUAUACAAUUUUGCCCGAUCAAGAUAACUCGUAGUGUAUAUAUAAGUUGGGAAAUGCUGUAACUGCUUGCUGGCUAUUUCGUUUUUACAUUCUUUGGUGAAACUUUCAAGUUUCAACUUCAUACUAUACGAGCUUGCAGGUUGUUGAAUUUAAACUAGUCGACAUUAAAUCACACUUCAAUGAUAAACAGCUUAAAACUGCUCGCUGAUACGUAUGGCGAAGAUGAAGACGAUACAAGCAAAGCAGACGCGGUCAAAACUACACCAAGCUCUCAGGGAAUAAAACGACAAAGAGAGAGUAACGAUGACAUCAAUGGCUUAGAGAAAAUAAGCAAAGAAAAGCUGGAAAUUCCAAGUGGAAUACUAGACAUGUUUAAUGGCAGCGAAGGUUGGCCCGAUGACGCGUCACUUCACCAAGGACGGACACGUGGUUUUGAUCAUUUUCCCGGCAACUGGGCGACGCAUGUUUUUGUGCCAUUUAACCUUCCCGAAACCUUUGACCUCUUUAUAUCGUACCUACGAAAGAUUUGGUCCAAUGAAGACUUCGAGUUGCACAUAUUUGACACGCGUGAUUUCCACGUAAGCAUAUCGCGAACAGUUCCCAUCAGGCAUCAUUGGAUUAAACCGCUGACCAAACUCUUGGAGCAUGGCUUCCACGGAAAACGCAGGUUCAUUUGUGAUUUUCAGAAAGUUUCUUUGUACGUUAACGAUGACAAAACCCGGACGUUCUUGGCUUUAGAUGUCACCAUUGGGAUAUCACAGUUGAAUGAUUUGGUGCUAGUUGUCGACAAGGCGUUUCGGGAAUUUGGUCUUCAGGAAUAUUACGAUGAACCGUCAUUUCACGCCAGUUUUGCCUGGUGUUUGGGCGACGCAAAGGAACAUAUCACAUCAUCGAUGUUGACAAAACUUCAGAGCAUUUUGGAUUCUUACAUGGAGGAAAGUUCUUCGCUCGUCGUUGAAACCAAAGAGAUUCGUUGCCACAUCGGCAACAAAUCAUUUCACUUCGAUUUGCUUCGAAAGUUCGAAUAAAAUAGUUGUUUAAAGAAAAUCAACUAACGCCAAAAUGCCUCAAAUGACAUUUACUAAUUCAAUAAUCAACUUUACGACAAUGAUUUUACGAUAUGAUUCGCAAACCUGUCAUAAGAGAAAAGCUCAGCCUUGAAUCUUCGUCUGUAAAGUGAAAAAAUAAACAAAUGUUAAUUGAUGCAAACGUUGAAAAUUUUACCAAAUUUUACCAAAACAUUGUUUUCCAAGCUGAAUAUUAACAAAGUAUGUAUAAACACACAAACAUCAUAACUCAAUUUAAAAAGUUACAAACAAAACCAGUUUCACGAGCCCAUCUCAUGCUAAAUGAUAAAAUUCUUUUGGAACAUUAAAUUUUUUUCUGCUUGUUGGUAGCUCUCAGUUAUCGUUUGCAAAAAUAAUAUAAAAAUGUAAGCACAGACAAGGAUGUUUUGUCAGCAAAUGUAAAUAACACAGUAUUUUUCUGAAUACUUACUGUACUCAAUUAAAAGGACGAAGCAAUUGUA